UGGCACUACCGAGCAUGGCUGGCGUGAGGAUGGUGACACGGAGCCGGAGCCGGGGCCCGGGGGCCCGGGCCCGGGGGGGUGGGGAGGAGGCCGCGCAGCUCCGGAGGGGAGAGGCGGCUGCAGAAGGAAAGAAAAGCCACAGCCGUGCAAAGCGUCAGCGGAAGACACAGAAACUGAGUGUCGCCUACGAAGUCUCAGAUCGUGAGAAAGGAGAAGGCGCCAAGCCCCCGGGGACACCAGGCUGGGAGCCCCUGGCCUGGCGGCAGCAGCUACAAAACAUCCGCACCAUGAGGAGUGAGAAGGACGCACCUGUGGACCAGCUGGGGGCUGAGCACUGCUAUGACCCCAGUGCGCCCCCAAAGGUGCGGAGGUACCAGGUGCUGCUGUCGCUGAUGCUCUCCAGCCAAACCAAAGACCAGGUGACGGCAGGCGCCAUGCAGCGGCUGCGCUCUCGGGGCCUUACGGUGGACAGCAUCCUGCAGACAGAUGACAGCACGCUGGGCACGCUCAUCUACCCUGUAGGCUUCUGGAGGAGCAAGGUAAAGUACAUCAAGCAGACCAGCGCCAUCCUGCAGCAGCGCUAUGGCGGGGACAUCCCAGCUACUGUGGCAGAGCUGGUGGCACUGCCCGGCGUUGGGCCCAAGAUGGCACACUUGGCCAUGGCGGUGGCCUGGGGCACCGUGUCCGGCAUCGGUGAGUGGCAUCCACUGUCAGGGAGGGCAGGGCUGGCCACAUCCUGUGGUCUGUGACCCCAGCUCAAGUCCCCUCACUCACAAUUUAGCCCAAAGGGUCAGAAAGAUGUUUCCAGCUUUGAGCUUGGCCUGCCCUGCCUAAUGGGAGGACUUCCUGUUUGCUGAGCACCUGCUGUGCGCUGAGCUGUGUGAGAGGCCCCGGGGAGGGAUUCGGGGUCCAUGGUGUGCACGAAGGAGGAUGUGGAACACACAGCUCCCUGCCUGAGGUGGAAGCGCUGCCGGGGGGCGUGCGUGGCGCUGUCAGAGCUGGCCCGGUCUGGGGCAUCUGGGGAGACUUCCGAGGAGGUGAUAAGUCAGCCAAGAGCGGACAAGUCGGGGGCUGGCCGGGCUAGGAGGAGGAAGUGCCAUCCAGGCAGAGGAAACAGCAUCCACAUCAGGUGGGACGGGGGCCGGUAGAGGAAGGCUCAGGAGCGGGCAGAGGGGGGAGGCACGGGAAAGGCAGGGGGACCCCAGGGGUGGAGGAGCUGGGGGGGAGCCCCUUCUGGAAUCCAUUUCCUGACAUUUGUGGUAUCCGUGAAGACAGACCCCGGGUCGGGCUGCGGCUGCUUCUUCAAAUCUUUGCCCAGACAGCUGGGGCUUCGUCGGCCACGCAGCAGCAGGUCCAGCCAGCCCAGAACCCGGGGCCCGACCCACGGCCCCUCUGUGUGCCCCCACUCUGGCGCUCCUCCGGAGGAACUUCUGCAGGGGGCGGGGAGACGGGGCAAGAGAUCCCCCAGCCCUUCCCCAGCUCCUAAAGCCUGCUCCCUGGAGUGGGGACCUUUCUCAGCACUGCGCUUGGGUCGGAGGGCAGCUAGGGGCUGAGGGCCCUGCAUGGAGGCUGGAGCCCAGCAGCCCCAGAGCCUGGCGAUGGGCCGGCAGGGGCUAGGGUAGAGCCUUCCCCCACCCCCGUCUGCACCGCCCCUGAUCCUGUGGCCGCCAGCCUCUCAACAGAUACCUGAGCUUAUCUGGGCGGCUGUCCUCGCCCGAGUCCCAGGAGGGGUCUGGCAGGUCUG